AUGUCGAACCAACCACCCCCAGCAUUUGGUGGCCACCCCAACUAUGCAGCGCAGUGGCCUCCCACAUUUCCUUCUUUGAUCCCUCCAAGCUACCCUCCAACUUCCGAAUAUGCCUCGGCUGCCCAGCCGUCUCCCGCAAAUCCUGGACAGAGCUAUGACUUCAACAUCACAGCCCUCAAUGGCAAUUCGCAACUCCCUGGCCCUCCUCCAGGGUUCUUCUUUCCUCCCCAUUUCCCUUUAAUGGGCCAGUUUGACCCAUCUCACCUUCCGCCAAGCGCCUUCCCGCCCAUGCCUAUGCCUAACUUCGGGUAUCCACCCAUGCCAUUCGCACCCCCAGGGUCCUCCAAUCAUGCCCCAGGUUCAUUCAACGAACUUACAAACGGCCUCGCCCAAACCUCUGUAUCUCGACCGCAGGCCCGACAGGCGUCGAAUACCGCGGAUUCAAAUCGAGAGGAAGGUGAGGUCAGUGAAGGUGGACGUUCAUUUCGAACGAAGAAGCUCUCAGAGACUGUCAAACAGGCUGGUUUGAACGUACCUGCUUCUCGGUAUUCUGAUUUGGAAGAAGGUGAAACAGUAUCAUCGGGGUCACGCUCGUCCAGUCGGAGCAGUUCACCCUACAACCCGCCUCUAUCUGUUUCGGCAGAUCCAGCUGUGGUUCAUCGCGCAAUAGAGGUACAAAAGCGGGAUGCAACGGCAGCAGCCUCGGAUGACGCAGCUCCUCCAAAAUCUGCAGCUCAGCUUCGGAUUCAAGCGCAGGGCGCAUUACUCAGCCUGGCGCCUCACAAUAUCCGUUACCACGAACUGAUUGCGGAGGGCAUCAACCCAGCCAUCUUGAAACGACUCUACGAAGAGGUCGGUAUCAAAAUUACGACGCCUCAACGUGAGGAGCCAACCCCAACUACCACUGCAUCCGGCAAUUCUCUUAAGGCGUCCAUUGCUAGCCCAAGAACAAUAGAAGUGCCGACUUCGGAAAAGAACCAAAAGCAGACCCCCAGUACUGUCCAAAGCAUUGCAUCUCCCGCCUCCCAAUCCGAUGAGGGCAAACCUCUAGAGAGGAAGGAGCUUAUUGCAAGGAUGCUUGCUGCUAAAGCUGCCAAGGUAUCAGAGGCCAAGAUAGAACAGACACCAACUCAAACGUCCGCGAGUGUGGCAAGUACCUCUUCCAACGGAACUUCUGGCAAGGAAAUUGCAGUUCCGGUGCGAGAGCGGAACAAGGCUCAGACAGAGCUGGCAAGACAACGGAUAGAACAAUUGAAAAAGCAAGCAUUGCUAAAGAGGCAGCAGCAAGCUGAGCAACAGGCUCAGCAGCAAGCCCAACAAUUGACUCUGCCUGGCAAGUCUGUUCAAGAUGCUCAAUUUGCGGACCUGUCAGAGCCUGUUGCGCCCGCUGUUCAACAUCCACUACCUGUUCGCCCACCUGUCCCACAGUCCGCUGAGCCCCAGUCCGCUGAGCCCGCAUCUAUUCCGGGUCUCCUCAUGACUGGUUCGCAACAGGAUUCUGGCAUGCAGACUCCCGUUGAAGCUACUCCGACUAUUGUUGUAGAUUCGACGCCAGUGAGCCGAGCAACUCAACGCAAACGCCCUCGCGCCGCCGACUUCGAUGAGCCUGCUGCUAUCCCGAAGCGACACUCGAGCCAAGCAGUGGCUCAUCAUGGGCCUGCGGAGAAACUGAUCAUUGAUAUCAGUGAGGACGAAUAUCUGUAUGGGGAUGAUGAAGAGGACAACAUGGACGUUGACUCUAAUCCGGACCAAGGAGCGUCGCAUCUGGUCACUAUUGAAACCGCUAGGCCACUUCUCCAUAAAUACCCCUCUACUAGAGCUUCUACGUCGACUCCGCAAGGAUCAUAUCGGCCUGGAGACCAAGAGCACAUCCGGAAGCGGGAAUCGGAGAUUGAGGCCAUGCACCGCAAGAUUGCAGAGCUUGAACAGAAGCGAAAGGCAAAGCUUGCCGCUAGUCGCACUCAAUCUCCAUUCCUGGAUGAUUCUGGUGCAUCCUCAUCGGGUGCACAAUCAAGUGUGCCUGAGGCUGAGGCUGAGGCUGAGGUCGCUGAGACUUCCACAGCCCCAUCAUCUGGCCUAAUAUUGGAAGCGGGCACGGCUACUAGCAUGAGCAUUAGUAGCGUCGCCGAUCAACCAAAUCCCAUUGGUUCCUUCACCGACGAAACAAGUACUUCGCCGCUGUCGCACAAAGACGAGCUUCCUCAACGGGCGGGACUUGAGCUCAACGAACAUCAUCUAGCUGUGGAAGAAGGUACUGUCAUCCUUUCGUCACAAUCCAUCAAGAAUUCCAUAAUUGCUAACAUACUUCUGUCAGCACCAUCGACUGUGCCACCCCCUGCAGAGUAUGUGGAGCAGCCUCUGGACGCUCCCAUUUCGGGUCAAGAAGCCGCUGUGGAUUUUUCGGAGUCGCGCGAAUACACGCCUGGCUCACCAAUCAAUGGUUCCACGGCGAAUCAAGGGGCCAAUGGUGUUGACUUACCACCUUCUACCCGGUCUAACUCGCCUGGCUCUGCCAUGGACGAAUCUGUUGAUCCUGACCACAAUACUUCUUUUGAAGAGACCGAUCUUUACGGUCUCCAAGACACUCAUUCGGUGUCGGGUAUGGAAGAGCAGAUGAACACUGGUCACAUCGACCAUUCUCUGCAUCGGGAACUGCCAGUGACUGGUUCCGAGGAAGAAGAUAAACCCUUGAACGUCUUCGAAGAUUAUGACCCAGAAGACGAGAAUGCUAAGAUCCAGAGAGAAUAUUCUCCCGAGUCGGAUGUUUACGAGCCUCCGGAGCCUGGGACUGGUGCCGAUGAGCCCGAUGCUAUUGUUGAAGAGGAUGCUACUGAGGCCGACGAAUCCUACAGCCCUCCUCCAUUCAGUCCAGCUCCUAUAGAGGAGUUCGUGGAAUUGCCUCAUUCGCGAGACCAGGAUCCUGUAGAAGACUCAGCAGCGUCGCCUCGUUCACGAGAUCAACCUCAACAUGAAGCGCUAACGUGGGCACGUCCGGGCCCUUAUCUAUCGGAACCAAGGCGGGAUUUCCAGAUUGGAAUCUUUAGUGAUCAACCAAAAUCUUCCAAGUUUACUCCCUACGUCAGCCCCUUGCGGUCCUUCAAGGCUUAUCGCUACCACCCCAACUACGCUGAAGACGUUUCGGACGGCUACCGUUCGCUAACAUACAGCCAUGACAUUGACACAAUGAAAUACUUCUGUCCCUAUGAAGUGGCAGGUGGUGUCUGCAACGAUCGGUCCUGCGACUUCCAGCACUUCCGGGACAUCAAUCUAAGCGGUGCGUCGACAAGUUAA